UUUUCCCAAAGCAGCAGCAGUCGGCCAGGCGGGACACUCGGUGUCGCAUCGGCAGUCACUCUAGUGCGUCCCUUUCACACAAGGAUAUUACUCUAAUUAACCCUUAAAAAGGGAUUUCGGACGUCCCGCUCGGCUGCCCGAGGAGGCAGCGAACGCCAACAUGGCACGGUUUCAGGUUGUUAAGUCCGUCAGCGUGUUCGCCGUGGCCCGUUGCGCAUUCGUUCAUCAAGAUGGUGAGCUCGAGUUCUCUAGCGUCGUCGCGUCAAGUGCUAGCAUGGUCCCUGCCCACGGUGGCGAUAGUCCUCAGCAUUCUCUGGUUCCGCAAGCGCCAACGCCGGCAUCAAACUGACCCCGGGGGAACGCCCGAGGACGCCACUAUUAGCAGCACCCUUGAGCAGCAGGCUCAAGUUCCGGUGCAGCAGCUAGUAGAGGAGCUGCAGCGACAGCACUUCGUGCAGCAACUGCAGCAGCAACUCAAACCAAGAGAGGUCUCCAGUAUACCUGAAGAGGAAGAGGAGGAACUCGACGACCCUGAGGAGGUCAAGAUUGUGCUUGAAGAGGUGGAAAAGUUGAUGUCAGAGUCUGCCGCCGGCGUGUUAGUCGUCGACGAGCCUGAGGAGGUGCAGCAGCAGCCGUCGCCGCCGCCAGAGCACGAGGACGAGGAGAUAAUUCUCGAUAAAGCGGCCGAGGCGCCGAUUGAAGCAGUUUCAGAAGAAGAAGAAGAAGCGAUGGCAAGCGCCGCGUGUGCAGCCACCGCCGAAGAGCCGGUGCCGGCGCCCGUCGAGCCCAAGCAAACAGAGCCCGAAGCCAGCGAAGACGCGGCCGACGCUCAGCCCAAGAAGGGCAAGAAGACAAAGGGCAAGAAGCAGCCCAAACAGGACCAGGUCGAACAGAUUUGCCAGGUGAUGUCCAAGAUCACGGUGGACGUGCAGCCGGCGCAGGCGCAGCCCCGGGACUCUGCCAACCACAGCCCGUCCGAGGCGAUGCUCGCCAGCCCCUCCAUCAGCCACGAUUCCGAUUCGCACAGCGUGAAUUCCAACGACAGUGGCAAAGGUGGCAGCGACGUGACAACCAACAUUCUGGAGGAAGACGCCGAGAAGGGCGGCAAAACGCGCACGCGGACGAGCAGCAGACGCGCGUCGAGCUGCUCGAUCGCCGGCUCGGAACACAACCUGGACGAGGUGCAGAGCGGCGGCGCCAGCAGCGCCGACCGCGACGACGGCCAGCUGCAGGGGCAGCUGGUGGCGUCGGCGGCGGCCUGCUGCGUCUACGACUUCUACAUCCCGAUCGCGUUGGUCGGCCGGCUCAUCGGCAAGCACGGCUGCUUCGUCAACCAGAUCAAAAGCGAGACGCACUCGCAGAUCCAGGUCAAAAAGCACUUUGACGUCAAAUACAAGAUUGUCUCACUCACAGGAUCACAAGUUGAAAUCGAGAAAGCUCUCAGUCUAAUCCGUAAGAAAUUCCCGAAGAAGAAGUACCCUGGCUUCACGAUGGAUCAAAUCGGGCCGGAGGAUCUCAUCCAGCCUGCCAUUCCAAUGACGCUGCGGAUGUAUCUGGUGGAAAGCAUCAACAACGACGUGAUCUUGUCAAGUUUGGUUUCUGCCGGCCACAUGUUCGUGCAACAGCCCACGCACCCAACCUUCCCCUUUUUGUCGCAGCUGAUCAUUCUCAUGACCGAGUGGUACUCGAAAACGGAAGCGCCCACUCUCACCUACCCAAAACCGACGACGAUCUGCGCUGCGCCGUCGCUGGGCAGCUGGUACCGCGCCGAGGUGGUCGACGUGCGGACCGAGCUGUCCGAGGAGAAUCAAGAGGAGACUGUGUGCGACAUCAAGUUUGUCGACUACGGCGGCUACACCACCCUGCCGCUGUCCGAGCUGCGCCAGAUCAGGCACGACUUCGUCCUGCUGCCCCUCCAGGCCACCGAAUGCUACCUGGCAGACGUCAUCUGGCCCGACGGCGACGACGGCUGGAGCGAAGCCGCGUUCAAUCGCGUCGAGGACCUCACGAGGAACCAGGUUCUGCAAGCACAGGUCGUCGGCUACGCUGAGAACUCUGUCCCGUACAUUCGACUCUAUUCAUCACACACAAAGAGCUACUCGGUGAACGAAGUGCUGGCGCAAGAAAACUACGCCAAGCUAUGCAUACCGUACUAAGGGUCUCGCUCGCUGCCUGCACCGCGAACAACUAAUUCUCUGGCAAAAGAAGCCCUCACCCUCCAGCCCGCGUUCAACCCUUUUAGACACGCUAAACUGAAUGCUAAUAUAUACACACAAUCGUAUCGUUUCUGUGGUCCGCUCCGCUGCAUUUACCCCAUCACGAGUUACACAUAUUAGACAGUACAAACAAACAAAAUUCUUUCUUGAAUUUCUCGAUAUUCUUUUCCACCGCGUGAGAGUGGAUUAUAUGCAUGCCAUUUUAGUCGGCUGUUGAUUCUACUUGUGAUUAGCCUCCUCGACUCGAGUGUGAAUAACAAAUAAAAAUAACAAAUAAACUACUUGCAUGGCGAUUGACUACUUUUUGUACGGCACUCUCGCGUUUGUUUUUUGUUAAAUGUUAAUUAAGGUUCAAUUACUGCCCCCUCGUUUUAUUGUAAUUAUCAUGUAAUUUUUUCCCUUGAUUGAUUUCGGUUGUAAUGGAAAAUCUUUCCUUUCUUUCUUUCUCUCAAUCUUUUCCUCCCCCUUUUUGUGUUUAAUGAUUGCUGCUCAGCGCCAGAUUAAAUUAAAUUAAAUUACAGAACAAAAUGUGUAUCACGUAGAGGAAUAUUUAAAUCUAGGUGUCGUCGUUUUGCUGAAACUUUUUCGUCUGUCUCUUUAACUCUCUUUUCUAUCGUUCUUCUGGAUUGUAAAGGUUUUUCUUUCCGUGUCGACAAUUAAAUUGUCUUUCAUUAUUUCGUGUUUUAUAAAUAGUUUUCAAGACACACAAACACACACUCACACGCACGUUUCAAAGUAGAUAAUUGUUAAGAAAAUUCAAAGACAAUUUUCUCUGCUGCUGCUGCUUUCGUCGCGAUACAUGUAUUUUUGAAUUUCAUGUAAGUUUAUUGAUAUUGUAGCGAUCAUUAUUAUAUAAUAUUGUAAGACCCCCUGUUGUUAUUUUGUAAAUAUAGCCAAUAAAUAAUUAUUUCCAAUA